GACGAAACUUGAAACAAGAUGGUAAUGUAGACCUCCAAUGUACUAUUAUUUAUUCCAGUUUUAUUUUACAAGGUGGUGGUGUGGGUUGAUUUUGCAAUCCUUACAGAAUAAUUCUCGUGGCCUGCGCUCUCAGCUGAAGGACAGUGUUCCUGUGACAGGCCUGUGUCCACAGGCAGGUUCUUAUGGAGUUCAAGACACACUGCGCAGAGGGUUCUCUAGUGUAAAGAAUGAACUGCUUCCGAGUCAUCCUUUGGAGCUCUCUGAGAAAAAUUUUCAGAUUAACCAGGAUAAAAUGAACUUCAACACUCUUAGGAACAUCCAGGGACUCCAUGCACCUCUCAAACUACAGAUGGAGUACAGAGCAGCUAGACAGAUUCAGCGUUUGCCCUUCUUGCCAAGCUCAAAUCUGGCUCUAGACACCCUCAGAGGAAGUGAUGACACCAUUAGCUUCGAGGACAUCUUUAAUGAUCCUGUCCAGUAUGAGAUGAUGGGUGAGCCUCACAUCAUGACUGAAUAUAAGCUUGGUCUCCUGUGAGGAUGGCUUUUCUGCACUGACUAAUUUCACCUCAACCACAUAGUUUGUGUUAUAUGCAUUGUUUGAUCUGUUUCUAAUAAAAUGUUAAAUCUGA